CUCGUCGUAUAGAAGCAGCCAAGCAGGCUCCUUGCAUCUCCUCUCGCCUACCAAAUCAACGCGUUUUGAAGCAACGUUCGUUCCCUUUCCCUCCAUUUCCUUCCCCAAGGGUUAAACCCCGCCCAGCCAAUCUCCGAUGCCGAUCACCCGCCGCCUCCGCUUCGCGAUCCCCCUUCUUGCCUUCUUCUUCAUUUCGACCUCCGCCGACGAGCUCUCUGUCGUUUCCCAUCCUGGCAAGCUUAAACUCCCCCCCGGCCGGCCGGUGGAGGGCUCCCCCGGCUCCCGUCUCGGCUCCGUCAUGACCUGCAACCGGGUCCACAUCCACGGCGUCUCGAGGCUCCGCCAUCCAACCAAGUUCGCCCAUUCGCUCAAGGUCCGGCUCUCCGUCACCCAGCGCGACGCCCUCUUCCGAAUCCAGACCAUCGAGCUCUGCUUCCAUCAGAAUGCGUCAAUUGGGUUAGGGAUGUGCCCUCCUGGUGAGUGGCAGAAGCUUUCCAAGAAUUUAUGGGUUCAAUCCAUGUCGCCGUACGGAUACAAGAUUUUGGACAUACGGAUGCUGCCGGAUCCAUCAAGGACAAUCGAGAUAUCCACUGAAGAAGAGUUCUUGUUUCAUCGACUAGUGUUUUUGGUCCUGGGGAUGAUUAUGAUGAUGAUGGCCCGUUUUCUUAGCGAGUCAGUGGUUUUCUAUUACGGUGGGGCGAUGACAUUGGGUAUCAUCGUGGUGAUAUUGAUGCUCCUUUUCCAGGGCAUGAGGCUAUUACCGACGGGUCGAAAGAGUUCACUUGCAAUAUUUAUGUACUCGUCAGUUGUGGGCCUUGGGGCCUUUCUUCUACGAUAUCUAUCUGGGUUAUUGCGUACGAUACUUGUGGAGAUAGGAAUCAGUGAAGACAUGCACAAUCCUCUGGGUAUACUACUUUUUGUAUGCCUCGUACUAGCUGGAGCUUGGUUUGGUUAUUGGGGUGUCCGCAAACUUGUACUGACAGAAGAUGGAUUGGUUGAUUCUGGUGUGGCUUUUGUUGAAUGGGCAAUCUAUAUACUAUCAGCUGUGAUGAUUCUUCAGAGCUCUCUGGACAUCCUUUUCGCUGCUGAGGUGCUUGGAUUUGCUAUUAUAGUUUUCAGCAAUAACGAGGACACAUGGGAAGGCAAGAUUUCUACGUCGAUUGUUCAGGCGGAUGAUCAAGAGCAUUAACAGAACUCGAGCUCGAACUUCACCCUCCAAAAGUUCUCAUGCUGAAUACUCACAGUUUCAGGGUUCAGGUUCUGGUUCAGCCAGGCCUCGAGCCCAGAAAUUUGAACCAGGCUUCUUGCAAUUCCCCAGUCC